AUGGCAAAACGUGGAAUGUCAUCUGAGAGUCCAUGGGGCUACCCCAUCGCACUCAUCUGGCGCGGCUCCGUUAUUCCGUUGAUUCUGCCGAACGUCCUGUUCUCGAUGGCAAUAGCCAUUGGAGUCAGUUACUUUUAUCUCGCUGUUGGACUCGACAUUGCCAUUGCUGGUUCUAUCAUCCCGUCAUUGAGUAUUGUCAUUGGUUUGAUUCUCGCCUUCAGAACCAACACCGCCUACGAUCGAUUCUGGGAAGGCCGCAAGAUCUGGACAACUAUGAACACUAACAUCCGUAAUAUCGCCCGCGUCAUCUGGGUCGGCAUCAAAGAAAAGCAUCAACCCGACGGACCCCUCUCCUUCAGCGCCAUCAACGACCAAAAGCUGCGCGCCAUCAACAUGCUCCUGGCCUUUGCUGUUGCCACAAAGCACCACCUCCGAGCCGAAUACGGAACCUCGUACAGAGACUUGCAGGGUUUGUUGCCUGAAGACUUUGUCCCCUGCAAAUCCGAAUCCAACCUCAGGACACAAUACAUUCACCAUCGUCAACAUAUCCAGACCGACAAGAACGAUUGGGUCAUCCAGAAAGACAACUCGAACGCUUCGAUGUCCCUCCCACUCGAGAUCUCGUACCAGUUGUCGCUUUGGAUCAAUUAUGUCAAGGAGAAGGAGUUGAUUGAUAUCCCUUACCAGGGUCAAUGCUCCAUGGCGCUUUCGAACAUGAUUGAUUGCUUCGGAAACCUCGAGCGAAUUCUGUUGACUCCUAUCCCCGUUGCGUAUAACAUCCACUUGAAGCAGAUCUUGACCAUGUACUGCUGUAUCCUCCCCUUCACAACCGUCCGCGACGUCAAGUGGCUCACCAUCCCCCUCUGCGGUGCCGUCGCAUUCACACUCUUUGGUAUCGAGGCUAUUGGAAACCAGAUCGAAGAUCCCUUUGGAUUCGACACGAACGAUUUGAAACUGGACGACUUUUGCUACGAUUUGAUGCUGGAGCUGGAUUACAUUGUUCAAACUGUGCCCCAGGACCAGUCCUCUAUCUUCGGAUCCCCCACUACCCCGCAGGUACCCAAACAGCAACAACAACAACCACAACGUAACAUCCUCAUUCAGAUCUAA